CAUCCCUUCCCACAGACCUCCCCAAAGCCCACUGAUGUCGCCGCGUCUGCUCGGGGCGGUGAGCUGGGCUUCGGCGGCCGUGCUGGGACUGCUGACGGUGACCGUCCUUGUCCUGGUCCUGAUCCCGGCAAAGGAUGCUGUCCUUCCUGCUAGGAUCAAAUACGGUCUGGUGUUUGAUGCUGGCUCCACACACACGUCCCUCUACAUCUACCGGUGGGCUGCAGACAAGGAGAACGGCACCGGCAUUGUGUCCCAGGUGGAGGCCUGCUCUGUGGCCGGACCCGGCAUCUCCAGCUACGCCGAUGAGCCUGCAGGGGCUGGCGCCAGCCUGAAGCCUUGCCUGGACAAGGCCAUGAAGAUCGUCCCGGCCGAGCAGCAGCGGGAGACCCCCACGUACCUGGGGGCCACGGCCGGCAUGCGGCUGCUGAGGUAGCGGCACGGGCAGGGGCAGCUGCCGGCCGCAGCCGGGGCUGGCAGCGGGGCACAGGGGCUGGGGCCGGGGGGACGGGCAGAGCAGGGAGGCAGGGAGGGAGCGUGGGUGAGCGCUCCUGCAGCUCAGCCUAACCCUGGCCGCGUGUGGGGCCAGUUCUCGUUUGCAGAGCAAUGGGAACAUCCCCGGGACACCGAGGUUCUGGGAGCUCUGGACCUUGGCGGUGCCUCGACGCAGAUCACCUUCCAGCCCGGGGUCCCUGUGCAGGACAGGAACACGUCCGUGUUCUUCCGGCUCUACGGCACCAACUACUCCCUGUACAGCCACAGCUACCUGUGCUACGGGCAGAGCCAGGCCCUGAAGAUGCUGCUGGCAGCUCUGCACCAGGCCAGCUCGAGUGCCCAGAUCUCCCACCCCUGCUACCCGCGGGGGUACCGGGAGAACCUCACUGUGGCAGAGCUGUACGACAGCCCCUGUGUGCGUGCACCGAGCUCAGCCAGCCCUGGCCUGGUCCUGACGGUGACAGGGACAGGGGAGCCAGGCGCGUGUGGCAGGGCCAUCCAGAGUCUCUUCAACUUCAGCUGCGGGGCAGAGCGGCCGUGCGGCUUCAAUGGGGUGUAUCAGCCCCCCGUGCGGGGACAGUUCUUUGCCUUCUCGGGGUUUUAUCACAGCCUUCACUUUCUGAACCUGACAGGAGGGCAGUCCCUGAGCCUCGUCAAUGACACCAUCAGGCAGAUCUGCAACAGCAGCUGGAAACAGGUGCAGGAGCUGUUCCCCAUGGUGAGCAGGACCCAGCUCCGUGACGCCUGCACAGCCAGCUCCUACAUCCUCACCCUUCUCCUGCAAGGCUUCAAAUUCAACACCUCCACAUGGCCCAACAUCCACUUCACCCAGCAGGUUGCUGACACAGACGUGGGCUGGACUCUGGGCUACAUGCUCAACCUCACCAACAUGAUCCCCUCCGAGCCUCCUGCAGCAGUCACAGAGCUCCCGAGAAGCAGCUGGAUAGCAGCCUCAGUUCUGCUGGCCAUCAUGCUCAUCCUCACCUUCUGCCUGCUCACAGCCACGCGCUGCCAGAGAAAUUCCUCCGGCUACGAGCAGCUGUAGCAGCGCUGCCUCCACCGCUCCUGCUGCCACCCCUCUGCGAGGAGCUGCUUCCCGGAGUCACCCCUGUGUGCCCACAGGCCACAGACUUGUCCUGGGGGGCUCUGAGUGCUGGCUUGCUGAGCUGGAGCUGGCACAGCUGUAAAACAGCCUCCUCACAGCCGUGUGCUCUCUGGUUCUCCUUUCCCUGCCCUGCUGGUUGGGGAUGCUCCAGGAGGGAGGGCUCGGCCACACGGGGCAGGGGCUCAGUGCUGGGGGCUGAGGGGGGGAUGGCACAGCCCACUCCUCUCCUGCAUGAGGUUCCUCUCCUCCCCAGCUGCACCCCGUGCCCCCUGCCUGGCAGACAGCUCAUCCUCCCUUUCCAACACGGGGUGACUUGGGGACACUGCUGGGACACGGCUGAGGCAGCUCCCAGGGCCCCCCUUACAUUUCUGGGGAGUCCCACUGGCAGCCACAGAUGGAUGAGUUGAGACUCCUCCUCUGAGAGGGACAAGGCGUCGUGUCCGUGUUGGCUCCACUCUGAGGUCCAGCACCAGAGUCUCCAGGGACACCUCCCACGGAUUCCUUGUCUCUCCCCUGAGUCCAAAAAGCUCCAAAAGCCGACCCUGUCUCAAUCUGUGCCACUCAGAAAUCCUGGUGAAUAAUCUGAUCUUUUCCUGGGAAAAGCAGCAUUAGGAGAACGCGGGGAGUGGGAGGAGAGAGGGGCUGGCUGUCCCAGGGCCUGGCAGAGCCAUGGUGGGAUCACAGGGAUGUUCCAGGUGCUCACCUGCCGGGAGGGAGCGGGGCUGGGAGGGGCGAGGGGAGCCCUGGCCGGAGCAGAGAGCGGGGGAAGCUGCAGAAGCCCCGGUGUGAGGCAGUGCAGCAGGGCAGGGAGGAUGAGUUCCACAGGCUGGGAGCUCCAGCUCACCUGCAGGAGCCCUGCCCCAGCUCACCCAGCCUGUGCCCCCGGGGACUCCCCAGAGCUGCCUCUGCCUCCUCCAAACACAGCUUGGACUUGUGUUUUGUGGCCUUUGGAAGCUGAUACUGCUGGAAAAGCUUUCCUUCAUUAUUUUCUCUCAUCAGCCUUAGGCAAAACUCUUGUUUAUCUUGCAGGUGAAUAUUCGUGGCCGGUUUGGCAUUGCCAUUAUUUUCAGCCAGUUAGUUCCUCCUCAUUUGAAUGGAAUCCACAGCGUUUAACCCUUGACACUCUGCUUUUCUGUGCUGUCCCCCAUUUCUGUUUCCUCUGCUCUCCCCAGCCUCAACAUUCCCAUUACAAGCUCUCUACAAGGUCUGUAGGAGAUGAGUGACAUUUGGAAACUCACAUCAGAGGGGAGGAUUGCCCUGCCAGGGGGCUGUGAGCAACCCCUCCAUGUGUUUGAGCCCCUUUGUGCUGCUCCUGGGGUCCCUGAACACUCUGGGGAGAGAGGACAGGGGCAGGAGAGGAGCAGGAGAGGAGCAGGACAGGGGCAGGACAGGGGCAGGACAGGGACAGGGACAGGGACAGGGACAGGGACAGGACUCUGCUGUUCCCUGGAAGGGUGCAGCAGGGAGCUGCUCGCUGUUCCUGCCGGGGCUAUCACAAGGAUCUGCGGGCAGGGGCAGUUCCAGCCGAGUCUCACGGGGCAGUGCUGGCAGAUGUGGGGAAGGGGUGAUCACAGCCUGUGGGCAGGGGGUUUACUAUGUUAAUGAGCACUGGAAUCACACAAAGUUGUUCUUUGGCUUUGUAAUUGGAUUUAUAGUGUGCUCCUGCUCUUCACUUUUUGGGUCGUGGCUCUCAGCUCCUGCAGGAUUGGUUAUUCCCUCGUCUUUCGUAAGUUCUUUUGUUUGUCCUGUACUGCAGUGAAUUUUUAACCUUCUCAUGGUGCUUCAUUUCAACAAAUCCCCUCUCUGAGACUUAGGGAAAUGUCCAUGGUGCAUUUCAGAUAAGACUCGCCCUGUUUUUGGGAAAACACAGUUGAAUCUUACCUGAAAGAACAAAAUAAACACAAACCCUUUAAUCUGUGA